AUGUUCCCAGUAUUUGCCAGUUCCCCCUACUAUCCCCAUUACACCCCCAAUACUCCUCCAGUAUCCCCAGUACACCCCCAGUACGUUCCCGUUCCCCCUACUAUCCCCAGUGCUCUUCCAGUACACUCCCAGUACUCCCCAGUUCCCCCUACUAUCCCCAUUACACCCCCAAUUCUCCUCCAGUAUCCCCAGUACACCCGCAGUAUGUUCCCAGUAUUGUUCAGUUCCCCUUACUACCCCCAGUGCUUCCCCAGUACACCUCCGGGCUCCCAGUAUUCUCCAGUUCCCCCCUAUUAUCCCCAAUAUGCUUCCAGUACACCUCUAGUAUUCUCCCAGUAUUCCCCAGUUCCCCCUACUAUCCCCAUUACAUCCCCAAUACCCCCCAAUACUCCCAGUACAUCUCCAGUAUACACCCAGUAUUCCCCGGUUCCCCCUACUAUCCCCAAUGCCCCCCAGUACCCCCCAGUACACCCCCAGAAUGCUCCCAGUACUCCCCAGUUCCCCUUAUUAUCCCAUUACACCCCCAAUGCUCCCCCAGUAUCCCCAGCACCCCCCCAGUAUGCACCCAGUAUUCCCCAGUUCCCCCUACUAUCCCCAGUGUCCCUCCAGUACCCCACCCAUUAUUACCGUUAUAUCCCCAAGAUGCUCCCAGUCUCUCCCAGUUACCCCCAUUACACCCCCAGUAACGCAGUACAUCAUCUGGUACCCCCCCAGUAUGUCCCCAGUAUCCCCAUCACACCCUCAGUACCGCCAGUAUAUCCCCAGUACACCCCCAGGCACUCCCCAGUGUCCCCCCCCAGUAUCCUCAUUACACCCUCGGAGCCCCACCUACACCCCCAGCAACCCCGUUACACCCCCAACACAGCCCCAGUAUCCCCCAGUUCCCCCCAGUAUCGCCACUACGCUGCCAGUAUCCCCCAGGCCCCCCGCCCCGACCCAGAGAGCACCCCGGGGUGCUCGAAGGCGGCGCAGCCCCCCAUGGAGCCCCGGUGGCUGCAGGCGGCCGAGCGACGUCCUGGGCCUUCGGCACCACCGUGGGCCCUGGCCUGGGCCCUGCUGCAGGCAGAGCCCGAGGACGGGGAGGAGCAGCCCGAGGCUGAGGGGCGGGGCCUGCUGGGGACGGCGGAGCCCAUGACUCCGGCGACAGCGUCUCGGCCCUGCUGCGGUCCGUGCCGGAGCCGCCCGAUCCCGAGGACCUGCUGGAGCUGCCCUUUGACCUUGACCCUGAUCCUGACCCUGACCUUGACCCUGACCUUGACCCCAGUCUUGACCUCAACCCCAGCCUGGCGCUGGCCCAGGCCUGGUCUGCCCUGCGCCAGGAGCGGGCGCGCCGCAAGGCCUGCGAGCGGCAGAUCCGGGCGCUGCUGCUCCGCGUCGGGAGCCUGCGGCAGCGAGCGGCCGCCGCCGGAGCCGCCGAGAGGCGCCGGGAAGCCGUCGUGCGGCAGCUGGAUCGCGUGA